AAUAAGCUCCCCACCUACAGAGAGUUUUCUUCUCCUGCAGUCACACUUAUAAUCUCUCUCUCUCUCUGGUAAUAUAGAGCAGCAGCACUCACUACUCACUUCUGUAAUCGCGGAGUCUCCGAAGCUUCUUCUCCGUUACGUUUCGUUUAUAAAACAAAAAAAAAAAAGUCAGAGAGGAAAAAUGCAAUCGUCUACGUAUGCGGUUGUUAAAGGAAACGCCGCGUUUGCGUUUCAGAGACGGACCACCUUCUCUUCUUCUUCUUCUUCUAACCUCAACAGAUCGGCGUCUUCUACCACCGGAAUUCGCUUCCUCGGUAAGACUAUCCCAACCGGACCUCUCUAUUGCUCUGGUCUAAAAGCCAUGGGAGCAAAGCUUGCACGUGCUGAAAACGGGAUCCAAAGCGGUAUGAGUUUAUCUUCGGUCAAACCUCGAUCUGUCAGAGCUCAAGCUUCCUCCUCCUCCUCCUCCUCUGGUGGAGAUGCAGAAGAAGCUGUACCUCUGAGAUCUGAAGGGAAAAGCUCUGGUGGUUCUGUUUUGCCCUUUGUUGGUGUUGCUUGUCUUGGUGCUAUACUGUUUGGUUAUCAUCUUGGGGUAGUUAAUGGUGCUCUUGAAUACCUUGCUAAGGAUCUUGGGAUCGCCGAAAACACUGUUUUGCAAGGUGCAACAGCUCAGAGUGUGCAGACUAUGAUUGUGGGACGUCUGCUCGCAGGAAUUGGAAUCGGAAUCUCUUCAGCCAUUGUACCACUUUACAUAUCUGAGAUAUCACCAACGGAAAUCCGCGGAGCUCUUGGAUCUGUGAACCAGUUGUUCAUAUGUAUAGGAAUACUUGCAGCCUUGAUAGCUGGAUUACCCCUUGCAGCAAACCCUCUUUGGUGGAGGACGAUGUUUGGUGUUGCAUUUAUCCCUUCCGUUCUACUAGCCAUUGGAAUGACUUUCUCGCCAGAAAGCCCAAGGUGGCUCGUUCAGCAAGGAAAAAUCUCUGAAGCUGAAAAGGCGAUCAAAACUCUCUAUGGUAAAGAAAGAGUGGUUGAACUAGUGCGUGACUUAUCAACCUCUGGCCAAGGUGGUUCUGAGCCAGAAGCUGGAUGGUUUGAUCUAUUCAGCAGCCGCUACUUUAAAGUUGUAAGCGUAGGUGCAGCUCUCUUCUUGUUUCAACAGUUAGCUGGGAUAAAUGCAGUUGUGUACUACUCUACAUCGGUGUUCCGUAGCGCUGGAAUCCAAUCUGAUGUUGCAGCCAGUGCUCUUGUUGGAGCAUCAAAUGUCUUUGGCACUGCUGUUGCUUCAUCUUUGAUGGACAAAAUGGGAAGGAAAAGUCUUCUACUCACAAGCUUUGGUGGAAUGGCUUUGUCGAUGCUGUUGCUCUCCUUGUCCUUCACAUGGAAGGCUCUUGCUGCAUAUUCUGGAACCCUUGCCGUUGUUGGAACUGUUCUAUAUGUGCUGUCAUUCUCACUUGGUGCUGGCCCGGUACCGGCUCUUCUACUUCCAGAGAUAUUCGCAUCCCGAAUCAGAGCAAAAGCUGUUGCUCUUUCUCUCGGCAUGCACUGGAUAUCAAACUUUGUGAUUGGACUCUACUUCUUAAGCGUAGUGACUAGAUUUGGAAUCAGCAGUGUCUACUUGGGUUUUGCCGGAGUCUGCUUCCUUGCUGUUCUCUACAUUGCAGGAAACGUCGUUGAGACUAAAGGACGAUCACUCGAGGAAAUAGAGCUUGCCCUUACCUCUGGAGUUUAAAUUUUAAGCUAAAAAAGAAAAACCACUUUGUUUCAUCAUUUAGCUUGUGAGUCGUUCGUUCUUUUAAUCUACCACUCUUCUCAAUCUUCAGUAAAAUUGUACAAUGAACUAAGUUAUCAAUAACGAGAGAAAUCGAUUCAUCGAA